AUGGGUGAUCUGCAAAUCGUGCUGGCAUGCGACAAGGUGGAAGCACAGUACGUAGAAAUGAUGGUGCCUUUAUAUUCUUACGGCUGCGAGAAGAAAAUCAAGAAGGCUCUUUCUCAUCUCAAAGGAAUACAUUCAGUGAAAGUAGACUACUACAAACAAAAGGUGACGGUGUGGGGGAUUUGCAAUAGGCUUGAUGUGUUAACGAUGGUGAAAAAGAAGCGUAAAGAAGCUCGGUUUUGGAAUGUAGAGGAGAAUAAUCCUGAUCCAGAGAGCGUUGAUGAUUCCAUCGCCGUGGAAGAAGACACUAUUAAACUUUCGUCAGAAUCAGAGAAAUCAUCGUCGAGAUUUUAUACGUAUUCAUCGUCGUCACCGAGGUUCAUGAGACCUCAUUUGUCACUCAUUAGAACCUCUUCCUUCACAUGGAAAGCUGUGAAGAAGGUCUUCUCUAGAUCUCUUUCCUUUUGA